AUGGAUAUGACACAACCGACUUCUCCUCCACCUUCUUUUUAUCUUUCUUCUGAAAGUUCCAAAAUGACUUUAUGGAUGGGUGAUUUGGAACCUUGGAUGGAUGAACAAUUCAUAAGACAAUUAUGGAUAUCAAAAGGUGAAAAUGUAGUGGUGAAGUUGAUUCGAGAUAAGCGUAAUGGGAAUAGUUUGGGUUAUGCUUUUAUUGGAUUCACUUCAAGUAUUUCGGCACAAAGAGCUUUGGCUACUGUUCAUGGUACAAAAAUGCCGAAUUCUCAAAGACCUUUUCGACUUAAUUGGGCUUCAGGUGGUGGUAUUUUGGAUAAAAAAGAAGAUCGUGCUCCCGAAUAUAGCUUAUUUGUUGGCGAUUUAAGUAGUGAUGUUGAUGAAACUUAUCUCUUGGCUAUGUUUCGACAAAGAUAUCCUUCUUGUCAUUCUGCAAAAGUCAUGACGGAUCCUGUAUCUGGUCUUUCUAGAGGUUAUGGUUUUGUUCGGUUUCAUGAUCAACAAGAACAACAAGAUGCUUUGGUGGAAAUGAAUGGUGUUUGCUGCGGUCAACGACCUGUUCGGAUUUCAUUGGCGACUCCUAAAGGUGGUGCUUCUUCCAUUGGAAAUACUUUUAAUCAUCAUCAUCAUCAACAACAACAACAACGAUAUCAACACCUACAACAACAACAACAACAACAACAGCAACAGACUCAGCAGCAACAUGCACGUUAUUAUCAGCUGGCACUUCAGGCACCUGCUCUUGUUCAACAACCAACUGAUCCAUCCAAUACAACUGUAUUUGUUGGUGGCCUAUCAACUCCUCUUAGUGAAGAUGAAUUAAGACUUUACUUUGCUCCAUAUGGUGAAGUUACUUAUGUCAAGAUUCCCCCUGGAAAGGGUUGUGGAUUUGUACAAUAUGUCUCACGUCAAUCAGCAGAAAUGGCAAUCGAACGUAUGAAUGGUUUUCAAAUUGGUCAAUCUCGUAUUCGUCUGUCUUGGGGUCGUUCACAAAAUGAUAAGGCUCAUAUUGCAUCAUCACCUCCACAACAACCACAACCUUCUUCAUCAACUCAGCAUUCAUAUUUACGGUAA